AUGCAGCAACAAAGGAAACAGAUUCUUGAUAACAUACGAUCUUCGGAUCUGAACUGCAUAGUAGUGAAGGAUGUUCUGAGUGAGAACGCGGAGGCUGCCGUCCGUCAAUGUCUAAGACAGUUGCAGCUACUCAAAAAUGUAUGGAUAGGAGUGUUCCCGCCUAAUGUCUUUACAAGGUUAAUGGGUACGCUAGUGAACAUGUUCGUAGAGGAGCUCAUCCACCGCGUGUGCUCCGUAGAAGACAUCUCUAUGGAGAUGGCCACUCAGCUCACAGACAUGUACACACUCGUCGUACAGAAAUCACCCACACUGUUCCAGUCUCAAUCCGAUGUGGAGCAACACGUGAAAUCUUGGAUUAAGUUGCAAGAGUUGAUUUUCGUGCUGGGAGGGUCGUUGAAGGAUAUUGAAAAUCACUGGAACGAUGGUUACGGCCUGCUAGCGGUUCACUUCAAGAGAGAGGAGCUGCGGAACCUCAUUAAGGCUCUGUUCCAGAAUACGCAGUUUCGUGCCAAUUUGUUGGCAAAAAUUAAAUAG